CGACGUACGCAGUAACGAUCCUUUUAAAAAGACGGGAGAGAAAACAGAUUUUGAAAAAGAAAAAAAGAGUUAAAAGAAAAUAAAAAGAAAACGCGGAGAGUUUGUUUUUACUUGAGCUAGCGACGAGAUUCAUCAAUUCGAUUCCUUGUUCGUAAUAUGACAACUUCAAAAAGGCUAGCAGACAGGAAGAUUGAGAAGUUUGAUAAGAACAUUACUAAAAGAGGUUUUGUUCCUGAGACCACCACCAAGAAGGGCAAGGAUUACCCUGUUGGACCCAUCCUCCUCGGCUUCUUUGUCUUCGUCGUCAUUGGCUCAUCUCUCUUCCAGAUCAUCAGGACCGCAACUAGCGGAGGCAUGGCAUAAAUCGAAUCACAGUUCAAGCUAUAGAGGAAGCGAUGUUUUCAAAUUGGAUCUCUCUUCUUCUUCUUUUGUCUUGUCUGUUUUUCCCUUAUACUGUAGAAUGCGUUAACUUUCUGUUUACUACUACAUGUUAUGAAGAAUUUUGAGACUAUUUUUUUCUAUAAAUUAUCCAACCUUUGCAAUC